AACAUACAUGAAGUAAUGAAUCCAAAUAGACAUCGGAAAGAAAAGAGAACUAUUCCUGCUAACACCUAUAAUUCUAGUGAAUACUUGACAAUGAAGGGCAAGAGUGACUUCCAGCUUUCCUCUGAGCUAUCUGAGGAGGAAGACAAUAUGUAUGAGACUGUAAAUUCUUCAGUGCUGGAGGCUGUUCACUCUUUGAGAAUCCUUCCUGCCAAACCUCUACAAGAAUCUGAAUAUGCAGAUACACGGUGCUUAAGGCCUUCAGGUACCACUUCCCCAACAAGUGAGAACCCAUCUCAGCCCCCUCGACACUCAGCUAUUCACACAUUUGAUCCGGAGAGGAGAGCAGUGCCAAAUGUAAGAGGAGGAAGAGUGAAAAUACAUGGAUACCAGGAGCCAACACCUCCCCCACGGCCUCUGAAGAUGCUGCCAAAGCAGUAUCAGCCCCUUCCUCCAGAGCCAAGAAUAAGCAGCCAGGUCCUACCCAAGAGGAACACGCUCAGCCGAGACCCCACCUUUCCAAUAUCAGCAGAAGUCACAAGGCAUUCUUCUGUUAGGAAAUCAAAUACAGUACCUGGAAGACAGCAAGUUACAAGUUUGGGGAAGAAACCUGAAGUACCUUUUCAAGCACAACAUCAUCCUCCUGAAGCCAGCCCUCAAAGUACACGGAGCUCUAAGAACAUUUGCAGAUCAGGUUCCACAUUAAGUGUAGAUAAUUUGACAGUGAAGAAGCCACCACCUCCUACAUCAUACGCAGCAUGCAAAAAUAAAUCAAAACAUUUGCUUGUAGAACAGGAAAUGCAAUCUCUUACCAAACCCACUGAAAAGGAUUUAAACAAAUGUGAGUGGUAUGUUGGAGAAUAUGAUCGCCAUAAAGCAGAGAAGAUCCUGUUACAGAAAAACACUGAUGAGACAUUCUUGGUUAGAGAUUGUUCAAAGAAAUCAAAGGCUGAACCAUACGUGUUGGUUGUUUAUUAUGGAAGAAGAGUAUACAACAUUAAAGUACGGUUCCUGGAAGAGAGCCAACAAUACGCCUUGGGAACAGGGCUCAGAGGAGAGUGUAAAUUUAAUUCCGUGGAAGAGAUCAUUGACUUCUACAGAUCUGUUCCCAUAACGCUCAUUGACGGAAAGGAUCAGUCAGGAAACCACAGAGAACAAUGCUACCUCACACAUCCAUUCAAGGCAUGCUGA